AGGCCGAGGCGGGCAGGCACCAGCCAGAGCAGCUGGCGGCAGACGGCAGGCAGACAGUCGGACCGUCUAGCGGGGGCCUGGCUUGCCUACCUGGCAGCUGCACCGGGUCCUUCACCCAGAGCUGGUUCCGUGGGUCAACAUGGUCCCCUGGUUCCUCCUGUCUCUGCUGCUACUUGCGAGGCCUGUGCCUGGGGUGGCCUACUCUGUGUCACUCUCGGCCUCCUUCCUGGAGGAUGUAGCUGGCAGCGGGGAGGCUGAGGGUUCUUCAGCCUCUUCCCCGAGCGUGGCGCCGCCCCGGACUCCAGCCUUCAGUCCCACACCGGGGAGACCCCAGCCCACAGCUCUGGACCGCCCCGUGCCACCCACCAACUUCCUGGAUGGGAUCAUGGAUUUCUUCCGGCAGUACGUGAUGCUCAUCGCGGUGGUGGGCUCGCUGACCUUCCUCAUCAUGUUCAUAGUCUGCGCGGCCCUCAUCACGCGCCAGAAGCACAAGGCCACGGCCUACUACCCAUCCUCGUUCCCUGAAAAGAAGUAUGUGGACCAGAGAGACCGGGCUGGGGGACCCCGUGCCUUCAGCGAGGUCCCUGACAGGGCACCUGACAGCCGGCCGGAAGAAGGUCUAGAUUCCUCCCAUCAGCUCCAGGCUGACAUUCUGGCUGCUACCCAGAACCUCCGGUCUCCAGCUAGAGCCCUGCCAGGCAAUGGGGAGGGAGCAAAGCCGGUGAAGGUUGGGUCAAAGGAGGAGGAGGAGGAGGAGGUGCUCAGCGGACAGGAGGAGGCCCAGGAAGCCCCAGUAUGUGGGGUCACUGAAGAGAAGCUGGGGGUCCCAGAGGAGUCAGUCUCAGCAGAGGCUGAAGGGGUUCCUGCCACCGGUGAAGGCCAAGGGGGAGCAGAAGGGUCUUUCUCCGUAGCCCAGGAAUCCCAGGGAGCAACUGGUCCUCCUGAAAGUCCCUGUGCCUGCAACAGAGUCUCCCCCAGUGUCUAGCAGGCCCCAGAACUGCUGGGCCCGACUGUUGGGUCCUUGAGGGUCACCUCCUUGGUCAAGAAAGGCAUUCAGCUCUAACUGCUUCUUUGACACCCCGUGGCUUUGGCCAUCGCUGGUGCCAAGGCUGACCCCGAAUGGGCAGAGCCGUCGGCCUCUGGUGCACCCCAGGAAACAUCUCCCCAAGUUCCAGCGCCCUUAACGACUCUUGCCACGCUGGGAACUUCACCCUAACGUACCACUUCUCUGGAAGGGGAAGGCCAGGCACUACCCAGUUGGGGCUGCAUCAGAGCAGAAGGGGACCAGGCCAGAGGCCGCCUGUGACAGGGCAAAUGCUGUUGUUUGCAUCUCAGCUGUGGAGACCAGAGGGGCUGUUAGAUUCGGAAGACAUCAACGGCUGGGUCUACGGCAAUUCUCGCUGCCCUUGCGUUCUGCUGGAAUAGCAAGGUGCAGCCUGAGUCUGGCAAUGCCAGGGACAGUAGAGCCCUUUGCAUCUCCCAAUCACCCACAAUGCCUCUGUCACUCUGCCCCUGUUCAGUGGACUUGAUUAGUUAGGAAGCUUCUGGAAGGGGGCCCCUGCUUAUAUCAUAGUCUCCCCUAGACACCCCGUGGGAACACAAACUCGAAAUCCAGUGGCCUUAGGAGCCGCCGUGCCCCUCCACAAGCUGACAUGGCUACUCUAAGGGUUCCCGCUGGGCUGGCUUUGCUACACUUUCCUCAAGCCGCUUUCUUAUUGCCAGGAUGCUUCAUAGCUACAAAGUCCAAUCUCACAGCACCCCACCCGCACUGGAAAAUACUGUUCUCGGCUUUUUUUCCAAGGCACCCUGCUUUCUGAUUGGUUCAGAGUUGGAAUAUGGGAUGCAGGGCGUCUGACUCUCUCAAGUGUCAAGCCACCCUGACUUCCAAGUGUGGGGUGAGGGGAGUGAGAAGAACUCUUCUCUGUCAGUCCGUGAAGUGAAGUAGACUAGAAGCCAAUGGGUGUCUGGGCGCAACCGCCGUUCUGGAUUCUGACGCCCAGCCUGGAGCAGGGGCCUGGCCCAUCCUAUGCUCACACAGUGGUCUGGCAGCCUGAGCCCACACCGUUCCUCAGUCCUCCACGGUGCUGAGGCUCUGUCCUGUUGGGGGAUUAAGGGGGUUCCCCACACCUCCAUUCAGGGCUCCCCGAGUCCUCGGCUCUUCGGGUGUGGAUAUAUGACACACUAGCAUAAAUAAACCUUGA